AUGCGCGCCUGGGUGCGUCUGCGGCGCGGUCCUGCACGCAGCGCGCUCAAGCUAGCGACGGGCUAUCCCACGCCCGCCAUGCCCACGGGCUCGUCUUCCGACGUCCUGAUCCGCGUGUCACAUGUGUCACUACAGUUCAGUACCGAGAUGUUGAUGAAGACACUGCCUAACCUGUCCUUCAUCAGUCCAUGGGUCCCGGAGAUCGAGCUUUCAGGCGAGGUGGUGGCGGCUGGCGAGGGCGCACCGGCGGAGGUGCGCCACCUGGGCUCGCAUGUCGUGGCCUUCCAGAACAUUCCUAGCGUGGUCAUGGGCCACGGCGUGCUGGCAGAAUACGUGCGGCUGCCCGGCUGCCAGGUCGUACAUAUCGAUGCCGCUGUUGACAUGGCGUCGGCCUCGGGCAUUAACGGGUCCGGCAGCACCGCACUCAAGAUGAUCCGCACAGCAGGUGUGCGCGAGGGUCAUACAGUGCUCGUGAAUGGGGCCAGCGGGUCGGUCGGUUCGGUGCUCGUGCAGCUGUGCAAGUUGCGUGGUGCAAAGGUGGUCGGCGUGGCCAGCAGCGGCAACGAGGCCAUGGUUCGUGGCCUAGGCGUAGACGAAUUUAUCGACUACCGCAAAAAUGACCCGCUACCGGCCUUCCUGGCGCGUCAGUAUGGCGACAAGCCGUUUGACUUUGUGCUCGACUGCGUCGGCACGCAGGCACUCUUUGUUAACUCGCCGGCCUACCUUAAGGCCAAGGGAGCUGUGAUCAAUAUUGGUGUGCUCGAGGGCAUCUGUGUAUCAGCUCGCAACGCACUGCUCAAUAGCUGGCUGCCCACCUGGCUGGGCGGCGUGCCGCGCCGCUAUAUCAUGUUCAGCACGCCGCCAGCUCGUGACGACGCAGUCUACCUGGCGCGUCUGAUCGAGGAGGGUCGCGUGCGUAUCCCUGUCGACUCUGUCUUCGAUAUAGAGGACGCCGUGCACGCCUACGAGCGCAUCGCCACUAAGCAUGCGCGUGGCAAGGUGGUGGUCAAGGUGCACGACGGCUAG